AAGUAUAAUAUUUUGUGCUCCGUUGGAAAACAUCAAUGUCAAAAAAAUAUUAAUAUCAAAAAAUACCAAUAGUAUAUUUUAAACAGCUGGAAUAUUUUAUGUUUUGACUGAUUUCUUAAUUUCCACCUUCAAAUUUUCCAAUGUCCUGACUGACUUCCAUUUUGAGAAUCAUGCUUCUCCACCUCCCUUUCUAAUCCUUCUUCAACCAAUCUCUCUCCUUUUUCUCUCCCCCUUAACACCUAGAGAAGAACACCCGAAAAACACACCCUUUUCCUCUGUCUGUCUCGGGUCGGGUCAUCUUUUGACAGCUCUAUUAUUGCACACUGAUGCAUCAAAGUUUAAGAAUCAGAAGAAAAGACAAAGAAAGAAGAAAAGAAUUAUAGGAGGAAUUUCUUGGUGGUAUACUUCUAGCCCUUCCGCCUUUUUCGAAAAGGCAAAAAAGGAGCUCUUUUCUUGGUUUGUUUGUUUGUUCUUCGACAUAUCUUCAAAGUCUUUCAGCAAUGACGACCAAGAUUAAAGGGAUGUGCAAAGGGUCAUUCAAAUACAUCUCAAAUAUAUUUGUGGUCAAAGAACGUGAAAUGGAAAUUGGGCUUCCAACAGAUGUUAAACAUGUGGCUCACAUUGGCUGGGACGGUCCAGAGGGUACAACUCCUAGUUGGAUGAGUGAAUUCGGAGGAGGCUCAGAUUUGGCAGUUGGAUCAAUGGGUGGUAGCGUGGGUGGUUCAAGAGAGCAGACGUGGACAUCUCAAGAUGUUACAGAUUUUGAGAGAAGUUUUGGACGACAAACAUCUACUACUAAUAAGUUAAGCAACUUCCCUCCUUCAAAUAGUAAUUCCAAGAAAGUAAGGCGGAAGAAGACUAAAUCAUCAAACUCAUCUCCGAAAUCAGGCUCAGCAAGAUCCUCGCGAUCAUCCAAGUCUCAGUCUAUGUUAGGGGAGAGUGAGGAAGGAGAAAGUAGACGCAACAGUGUGUACGUGUAGAUUAUGGCCAAGAUUAACAAGAUCGAGUUGAAUGUGCAUAGCAAGUUAUGGUUUUUUAUUUUUUUUUUUGAAAAAUCUCCCUUUUGUAUAAUGUGAUCAAACUGCACAAGAUUAGAAACGGGUGGGUUUGUGGCAUACUUAUGAGAAAGUAGGCAGUAACAUUAGUAAAAAGAAAAGAGUGCAACUGGGAGUAAGAAAUUGGACAGAUAAAAAAAGUGUGACAAAAUUUAAUUAAUUAGGAAAUUGGUUGGUGAAAAAUUCUUUUGUCAGAAAUUAAUAAAUACAUGCAAAGUAGUAUAGUUGGAUGAUGUAAGUGAAUGACUGAAUAUCAGAUAAAAUGGUGGUUGUGAGUGAAAUCCUUGUAUGGAGGAAACUAUAUAUUCUGCCAAGUUUUGAAUUUUCAUUUGACAGUCACAAAUUUCACA